GGAGCUACGAUGCCACAGACAGACAGACAUGUCAAAUGUAUAACAGUUUUUUAUCAAAUCAAAGAUUGAUUGAAAAUUAUGAAAUAUUGCAUGCAUGUGACAACCCUAGCUGGUUUACGUCAAGUAACAUUGUGACGAAAAUAUUAUUGUUGUUGCCUUAUGUCUGUGAUGAUAUAACUGACAAAUAUUUCACUUUCCGUCAGUUGAUAACUUAGAGCAAACAACAUUAUUACCGAUUAUCAAUGUGAGCUGAUUCAGUUAUAACAUUGGAUAUUAUGGAAGAUUCCCAAAAGGGAAAGAUAUUAUGAAAAUAAUUUGAAUUAGAGUUAGCUUAGAUUUACAGAUAUAUAAAAUUUUAUUAUAGAAAGCAGUGUUUCAAUCAGACUGUGUCAACAAAUAUUGUAAUUCAACCUUGUGCAUGAACAACCAACACACCUUAUGUAAAUUUCAGACUCCAGGCCCUGCCGCUCACUGCCUCGACUACGAGCUGACGAUAAAAAGCGACAACGACAAACAGUUAAUCCUCGACAAGAUAAACGCCCGACGCGAUAAAGUGGCAUCAGGCGAUAUCCGGUCAUUGCCCGCCGCCGAGGAUAUGUUUAAAAUGGAGUGGAAUGAAGAGCUGGCCCAAUCUGCCCAGCGCUGGGCCGACCAAUGCGUGUCCAACAAAGAUGUUGGAGAGAUUGAAGAUGACUGCCGAGAUUUAGAGAGCACGCGGGUCGGUCAAAACAUUGGCACAGUGUACGGCGAAGCUCCAGGUCUCACACCGUCUGGUCUCGUCGACGUCUGGUACCUACAGCUGUUGAAUGUGAACGCAAGCGUCAUAUCCAGAUAUCGCCCGUCAAAUGAAUCCGGACCCGCCAGUUACAACCAGUUCACACAACUAGUGUGGGCAGCGUCAUACCAAGUGGGGUGUGGCGGGGUGAAAUUCAAAGAGUAUAUACAGGAUUCAGAGGAGAAGAAAGAUCGAGUUGUAUACAGAUUAGUAUGCAAUUUCGCUCCAUCAGGGAACCAACUGAAUCAACCAGUUUAUACAGCUGGGCAACCUGGCAAAUGUACCUAUGGUACCAGUGAAACAUAUAAGGCAUUAUGUAAUUCUCAACCAAUCAGUUUACAUGGGAUCGGUAAUACCGACUUUGAUGAUUCUGAAUCUGAAGAUGCUGAAACUACGACAGAUAUUAUAAGUGUAGACGAAGCAAUAAUAAAUAACCAAACAACAAAUUUGACUACAGAUGACCCAAAUCUGUACGACGACAAUAUGACUUUCGAUUAUUUUUCACAUUUGUUUGAAUUAACAAAAGAACAUUUUUCGACGAGUACUACGCCAGGGAUAACUAGAUGUAAAAACGAAUUAGCGGUGGACGAAAUUGUUAAAAUUGUAAAAAAUAAACUGAGCGACGAUCCAGCGUUGAAAGCUAUUCUUGCAACAACUGUAUCUACUUCGUCUGGAAAUAUUGUAAAAGAUGAAAAAGUAGCUGAGUUUUUAAACAAAAUUUACAUAAAAGCAACUUCAACAUCCAAACCAGAAACCUUCAGUACAGAUUACGUUAAUUCAACAUUACUUGUUAAUCUGGUGGAAGCAGUUAUGUUUAGGCACACAGAUGGGGUAAAUGACCAAGUGACGCAGGAAAUACUGGGACCAUUUGUAAAUCCUAUUAAAAUUCAAGCGGUUUCUGCAGUUAGGCCAAAUUAUGACUUUACUGGACAUUACUUUUUCCCUGAAUACUAUGGAGAAGAAACCACUAAAAUAAGUAGCGAAGCUGAUUACGAUAUUAAUUAUAAACCUUCGGAGCAGGACGUUGUAAUGGAAAUUGAAGAAAUAAGAAAAAGUAGACCCACUCGAGAUUUUAUAGAUGAAAUACUUGAAACUGAAUCUAUCGUCGAAACUACAACCAGAAUGAAACCUCUGUCACCUGAUGACAUGAAGGCUACAAACUAGUGGAUAUAGCAAUAUGAGGAAUUUUUGAAAGAUAUCGCUGAAAAAUCUGAAAGCAUGAGUCAUAUGACUAUGAGAAAAGAAACGAAUCCAUCAAAAAGGAAAAAACGAAGAAACAAAAAUGUUAAAAAACAUAACAUUUUUGGGGACUACGAUAUAAGUAUGAUGUCGCGAUUUUAUGAACACCCUAAUGGGAAACAUAUUUCAUUUCAUAAGAUUCAGUCACCGGUAAAAUAUAACAGUGAAGUGGAAACAUUUGUAUUAGAAUAUAAUAACAUUUUUUCCCGCAGUAAAUGUAUUACAUUGGCCCCUCUAGUAUCAAUGCUUAUAUUUCCCGUUGUAAAUUGUUUAUGUUAUAGAACACAAAUAAACAAGUACAGGAUUUAUAAAUUUGUUUAAUUUAGUAAGCGUGAAAAAACAUAAAAUAUAAAUAUGAAACUUCUAUACACACAUGUCGGUUCUGCAGUUGCAUUACAAUGGCACGCCGCACUACGAGUCUUUUUGUGCUUGUUAUUACGAAUAUUUUCCCACGAUUUUAAGAUUUUACUAACAGCUAACAUCAAUAAAUUUUCAGGGACCUCUUUUUUCUUCGAUUUAUAAUCUUUAUCUUCUUUUAGUUCCUUGUGUAUACAUGACAUGACAUUGUGGCUCCUUUUUAUUCUUGGUUUUUGAUCGGUGCAUGGGCAAUAGGCAUACGGUUCUCCAGUAAUUCCAUGUUUCAUUGAAGGCGUAACCAGAGAAGGCUCAGAGUGUUUAAAACGAUGUAAAGGUUGCAGAGUUUCGGUCUCGUGCAAAUCUUUUUGUCUAACGUCGAGUGCUCGUCGCUCACAAUAAUCUUCGUCUGGGAGAGUGGUGUCCCCGGCAGCAGUAUCGCUUGCUUGUACGUUGCGGUCGUAGAACAUGCGACUACAAGUGUACCUGCGGGUACAGUUCUCGACGUGUCCCCACGGAGUCCUGCCGUUCGGGAAGC